ACGCUUCACAGUUUCUUCUCCGCUUCCCCAACCCCAAAAACCCUAACGAUUCCCGCUCUCUCUUCCUUGCAAAGUCGUUUCCAGCUUUGAUCGGCGAGGGGUUUCGACCACCUUUAACCCCAGUAGCCUUUGACCCAUUGCUCCGGCCACCGGAGCAAUUUCCGUUGUGAGAAAUCUCAGCCAAAGUGUCAGUUUUGCAGAUUGGAAAUUUUGAGGAUGGGUUUACCAAAAACCAAGAAUGCCUCUACUUCAGAGGAGCCUGAUGACACUAUUACUGCCUCCACCGGGCUAAAAAGGAAGCGUAGAAGAACAAGUAUGCAGGGCACAGUGAACCGAGCACUUAGAGGUAAGAAAGCAGUAGUUGAGUUUAAUCCAAAGGGCGUACCGUUUGGCAAGGUAGCAUCAGAGAUGGCAUCUUACAUUGGGGUGCUUGCGCGUACCACGGUUCCCAUCAGUGUUGAGAGCUGGCCUAAGGUGGAUAAGAAUCUGAAGAACGAAAUUUGGAAAUCCGUAGAGAUGGCAUUCGUCUUAGCGCCUAGACACAAAAAAAUUGUUGUGGCAUCUGCAGCCAAUAAGUGGAGGCAAUUCAAGUCAGAAUUGACUACAAAAUACAUAUUGCCAUACAAAGAUCAGCCUGAUACUUUAGAAGACCCACCAGAAGAAUAUGAUUUCAUUAAGGAUCAAGAUUGGGUACAAUUCGUGAAGAGUCGCUUAACCACAGAUUUUCAGAAACUCCAUAUGGAGCAGAAAGAGAGAAGAGGAAAGUUGCAGAAUGCUCAUAGAAUGUCACGAAAGGGAUAUGCUAAUUUGGAGGCAGAAUUAAACGAAAAUAUGCAUGAAGAUGAACUUGAUGUAGUUGUCCUCCAGAAGAAAGGAGGUCAAGUCAAAAAUGGGAAUAUCUCGCAUGAGACUGUAGGGGAGCAGGCUGCAGAAUUUGAUACGUUGUUGAACAAUGAAGGGGCUAUUUCCAACUGUAACAAUGGAUCCAGCGAUGACGUUAGGUCAAUGGGGUUGGGGACUCCAGAACAUUCUGGUAGGGAUAGAGGCGAAGGAGAGUCUAUCAUGCCAAAUAUUUCACCUCCUCAGUUGGAGCGAGAAGGUAUCAUGGAUGAGGUCAGGAAAUUGAUAGAGCAGCAAAGGGUAUGGUUUGAAGCCAAGAUUUCUUUGUUAGAGGCAAGGAUCAGUGGUGAUUGCCUGGCCACAAGUAUGCCACUUUCAACUCCUCUUUUUGCCAAGCCUUCAAAGAAGGGCGGUGGUUCUGGGAAGAACGAUGUUGAGGUUAAUGAAAUUGAUUCAGAAGCUUUCUCAUUUGGAGGCAGAAAAGAGUUCAUGAAGGGAAAAUCUUGCAGGCUGGCUGUUGGAUUGAUUGACAACGUUGUUUCCCAUGGUACAAUAAUUGAAGUGGAUGCAGCGAACCACACAGUCCAUGGUGUGCCUUUGGGAGAGGGAAAUAUACGUGUUGCAAUUGAUACUGCCCUAGAUGAACAAGCGCUGCUUCCCAUACCAGUUACAGGGGAAUUAGUAACUGUUGGGCAAGCUGUAGGCUCUCAUGUGGCUUGGCCAAAACGUCUUGUUAAGUUGAUGAGUGAUGAGGAACUUGGUAGUACUUCUAUAAAACCUCGAGAUUUUCCCAAAGAAGAUGUGAACCUGCCCAAGUCCCUCAAGCUCCUAUACCGUUAUGCUGAGCGUGCUAUGAUGGAUGGUGAACCUAUCAGUGUUUUUGUGGAAGAGGCUGUUUUCGGUAUUGCCAAGACUGUCAAUAUUUUCAAAGAAGAUGUUAUGCAAUUUAUGGAAAUGAAGGAAAUCCCCCCUAGGUGCAUAACAGUGUACAUGAGGCAUCUGUCUGAUAUGCUGAAGCAAUCCAACAUGGCCAAUAUGGUUGGUUUGAUGGAUCCUUCAAGCAUAUUAGUUGGGGAAGGCAAUUCUGACUACAACUCACUGGUGCUAGCAACCCGGUUGCAGCAAGGACCUGUUGACCAAAUACUUUUGGUACCUUACAAUUCUGGCUAUCAUUGGAUGCUGACCAUCAUCAGUGAAGACAAAGAAAUAUGCUACUUCCUGGACCCUCUUCAACGGUAUUUCAUGGACCCUCUCCGACGAAGCAUGUGUGAGGAAGAAUGGAAAUAUGCUGUAAACAAUGGGAUUAGACAAUUCAACAUGGAAACGGGUAGGGGCUUCCGAAAACAACCUCUGUGGAAAGUAUUGAUGGGUCCUAAACAACCCUCAAAUAUGGAGUGUGGGUAUUAUGUGAUGAGAUACAUGAAAGAAAUCAUAGAAGGUCAAGACCUUUCCUUUGCAACGAAGUGGGAUGGGAGGAAGCUAAAUGCCUACACACAGACUGAACUGGAUGAGGUGAGGUGCGAGUGGACGGACUUUGUCAGUAAUUAUGUGUAAAUAUUUGUGACAGUUUGUCAUUCCGAUCAGCUGGAAAUGGUAUAUCUGCAAAGGAUUAUGGUAUUUUGAAU